AUGACCACUGUGGAAAUUGUGAAACUCAGCUUACACAACUUGUGUGUGGGAAUUCUUCCUUCACUGAGGCGUCUUUCGUCUGAGGUUCGUGCAGUUCUUCCUUCAUCUGAGAUUCAUCUCUAUCUUGACCAACAUCGGCUGAGACUGGCCCGAAAACCCGGAAACGAUCCAAAUGGUUCCGAUGAUCAGGACGUGCACGACGACACCGACGGGACUAACGAUCAGGACAAGCCAGACGACCCGGACAAGCACGAAGAUCUAGACAACCCCAACGAUUCGAAAGGUCCCGACGAGUUGGACGGGCUUGACGAGGCAGACAGACAUAACGAGACUAACAAGCCCGACCAACCCAACGACUUGGACAAGCAUAACGACUCGAACGAGCCCAACGACCCGAACAAGCACAAAAACCCGAACAUGCUCGAUGACCUAAACGAGUCCAACGACCCGAAUGGGCCCGACGAUCUAGACGGGCUCGAUGAUCCGGACGAGCCUAACGAGCCAAACUGGCCCGACAACCGGGACAAGGUCGACUAUUUGGACAGCCCAAAAAUCUGGAGGAGCCUGAUGAUUUAG